UGAUAUAGUGAACAGUGUGUGUGCCGAGACUUGCACACGACCUUGGGGCGGAAGCGGAUUGCGUCAUCACCCUUCCAGCGCUGUGAUGAGAUACGACCUCGUUCUUCUUGCUCGUACUCUUGAUCCCACCACUCCAGCCAUUCCUUAUUCCCUUGUAAUAUCAGGAGCAACACCUGGGCAGACGUACAGUUACCAACUGAGCUUCACUUGUGUCAGCUCUUUUCCAUCAUGUCUAACAACGCUUCGAUCAUCCACAAGGGUGCAUGUGCGGUCGUGACCGGCGCAGCCUCGGGCAUCGGUCUCGCCGCAUCGAAACACUUUGCCUCGGCCGGCAUGCACGUCGUCAUGGUGGACAUCAACACGAAGCUCUUGGAGACUUCUGCUCAGGAAGUCAAGUCCAUCACUGGUGCUGGGGAUGUCUCGCCCAUCACCACGGAUGUUAGCAAAUUUGACGAGGUGAUCAAGCUCAAGGAAAAAGUUCUCGACUUGCACGGGGAGAUUGCCAUCUUGAUGAACAACGCGGCCUUGUUGACGAAAACUGCUCCGGCAUUCUCGCUCACGGAGCCCGUUGCCAAUGUUCACCAGACUUGGGAAGACAUCAUGUCGGUCAACUUUGGCGGAGUCCUCAACGGGACCCAGAUUUUCGCCCCCGUCAUGGCCCACCAAGAGAACCCCUCGGUCAUCAUCAACACCGGUUCGAAACAAGGAAUCACGUGCCCGCCUGGCAACGCUGCCUACAACGCUUCGAAAUCUGCCGUCAAGACCUUGACGGAGCAGUUGGCUCACGAGUUGCGAAACCUGCCCGACAGCAAAUGUAGCUCUCACCUCUUUGUCCCCGGUUGGGUGCACACCGGUGAACGAGGUCGAACUCAGCCCAAGCCGGAUGGAGCUUGGACUCCCGAAGAGACCGUAGCCUACAUGCUGGACAGGCUCUCUCGAGGUGACUUUUAUAUCAUCUGCCCGGACAACGAUGUGACGUCGGACCUCGACAAGCUCCGGAUUGCCUGGUCCCUUGGCGACGUCGUCGAUAACCGUCCGGCUCUUUCGCGCUGGCACAACGACUACAAGGCUCAUUUCGACGACUAUAUCAAGAAUGGCCUCAGGGAAAGACGUGCCGAUCGAAGCAGGAGUAGGGGAAGGUUGAACACGACUGAUCCCAGCCCUUUGCACGACAACGUUUGAGGCGAUACGGUUGCGCGGCCAUAGGUCUUUGAGUUGUAUCUGAAGCAAGAGCAUCAGCGAGGGCAGGGAGUUUCAGCCUUGCUCUACAUCAAGAUAUAGGAAUGACAUAGGAAACGAUAUGAAGAAGUGCUCAUCGCCUCGAUCAAGC